CUGCUCUUCAGCCGUUUGGUUUCGCUUGACAGUAUGACAUCACAGGGACGCAGAACCCGUAGAGGACCGACACCGAGGCCGCGUCGUCCGGCAGGAGUUUUUACAUAGCAGGUCUGUGUGGGUUCAUCUGUUCUCCUUCCUGUCUUCUAGCCUGGUUGCCAGAGGCGCUGCGAGGCAUCCGUGUAUGUGUGUGUAUGUGUGUUUGUGUGUGUGUGGGUGUGUGUGUCACAGGAGGAGAAAGCUGUAGGAGUUUUUAUAUUUUUUUUACUACAGCUGAUCAAGCCUCCCGCUGCUGCUGCUGCUGCUGCCCUCCGCCUCCUUCUUCAAAUCGUCAGACCUCCGCGGAUUAGUCAGUUGAUUUAGCGGGACAUGGCGGAGGUUUUAAGGAGACUGACCAAUGCGUCUUCGUUCAGCGUCUUACAGGACAAGCUUGAGAACUGGCACAGAGACUACCACGUGUCUUCCUGUGAUCAGAAUGUGAACAGAUGUUGUGAGCUGAUUGAGCUCACUGCCAAAAUUCAAGGCCAGCUGUUUAACAUCCUAAACCUCACCGCAGCUGAGGGCGGUCGCUGUGGUGGAGUGGACACUCUUAAAACGCGUUUUCUGCCUUGGCUUGGAAGCUGCUUCUCCAUUUCAAGGCCGUCCAUCGCAGACGGCACCAGCCUGCACCUCAUCCAGGGUGCAGCAGAGAAGGACAGAAAGACGAAGGAGCUUUCUUUGUCCCAGGAGAGCGAGAUAAGAAAGCUGGAAGUUCAAUUGAACUCUACUAGCCUCCAGCUGGAGUCGGUCACUGCAGAACUCGUGGAGGCUCAGAAGAAGCUGGACCACACAAAGUGCAAGUCGGCGACCACCCUGCUCGCCACCGAGGAUGAGAUCUUGCAGCUCAAAGCGGAUUUGCAUUCUACAAACGAACAGUUGGCGUUGUAUAAGAGGAAGCAGGACGCCGUUCACGACUACGAGCGGCAAAUUCGCCUGUUGAAGGAUGAGUUAGCUUAUCUGAACUCAGAGAAGGUCAUGCUGCAAGAGAGGUUGGUUAGAAGUCGCUCUCCGAGCCCUUUGCCCCUGUUGAGCCGCUCAUCCAGCCCACUGAGGAGCACGUCGCCCACCAGAGCCCAGCUGACCAACUCCUCACGCCACGCACGCCUCGUCUCACGUUUCAGCGAUCUGUACACCGUGGAGCGUCUGGACGCACAGACCCUCCUACGGCGCUACAUCCCAGACAUAGAGAUGGUCCAGAGAAUCAUCUUCAUCGCUGUGAUGGAGUCCUUCCAAAAAGCAAAACUGGCCUAUCGUAAGUUCAAGCAGCAGGUGAGAAAGACGUUGUCCACAUCCCACUUUGGUCCGGAGAGUCUCGAGGACGCGGCUGUGGAUUACAUUGUUAGGAACCUGGACCUCUAUGAUGUCCUGUGCAGUGUCAAUGAUGUAAUCCUGGCUAUGAACAAGAACCCCCAGAUCUCCUUCCCUCCAGAAGUGGACUUCAGACUCAUCAGUCCCUUGAUCAGAGAGACCUGCAGGGUGGCUUUUGCCAUGCAGACUCUGGACCCACCUCUUGACUUGGCCUACGGAAGCAACGGUGAACUAUUCAACAACGCCAAGUAUCGUCGCAGCUUUGACUCUGAUUUCAGUGCUCCGCUGGUGGUCUACUACGUGUGGCCGGCUCUGGUGGAAGGAAGCACGGUGCUUGUUAAAGGCGAAGCCGUGACCAAAAGAGGCGUACUGUGGAGUAGAAGCAGGAGCAGAAGUGCCAGCCCUGCACGCUCCCGAUCUCUCAGCCCGGCCCGCAGCGUAAGAUUUAGCGACAAACGAAGCCUGUCACCUGGACGCCUCACUACCAGACACCUGUAAGCACUCGCCUCAUUGGUCAAGAGUAAAGUGAAGUCCACCUGUGCUUCCUGUAUAUGAAAUAAACUUUAACGGAUUUGUUUACUUGA